UAUUGCACACCUUCACCUGUUACUGGAUCUUCUUUUAUUCCGAUUGAAAACAACAAUAAUUCCGGCAAGGUUUCAUAUCAAUGGCGAAGUGUGUUGCAUACUUCUCAAAGUCUACCAUUAUCAAACAUCACCAAUGUAUUUGAAACAGCCCCAGUAUUUACUCCAUUAAAUUCAACAUCCAAAUCUAUUGCAUCUGAACUUGAAAAAAUCACCAUCACUCAAACUCCAUACACGAAUAUAUCGAGUGACUUAAUGGAUCACACUUCUGAUGGUCAACUACUACUUACGGAACUUAAAAGAAAGCGUGGUCGACCUAAAAAGGUUCUAGGAAGUACGUCCACACAAACUGAGUACUGGGACAUGGGUGAUGCCAGCAUCGAAUGCGCGUACUGUGAAGCAAUGUUUUGGUAUGCUGAGAGAAAGUCUUCUGAGAGAACGUCGGCUGUUACCAAGUAUGGUGGUUGCUGUGUGAAU